CAAGAAGCAAGUCAGUCAACGAGUCGUCGUCGUCUACCUCCCCUCUCCUCUCGAUCUCGGGAAGGGAAUAAGUAUUUGGGGAUCGAUCGAUUGGCUAGGGCUAGGGUUUCCUUCUCAGCAAUCGAUUUCAUCCUACUCUACCUUCAAUCGGAGGAGCGGGCCAUGGAGUCCCUCUUCGGCUUCCAAUCGCAGCAUAGGAGGAGGACGGGCGGCUUCGACUCGCUCAAGCGUCUGGGCCACAUCUCCCCCGCCGUGCAGUCGCACCUCAAGCACGUGUACCUCACCCUGUGCUUCGCCCUCGCCUUCUCCGCGCUCGGCGUCUACCUCCACAUCCUCCUCAACGUCGGCGGCACCCUCACCACCGUCGGAUGCCUGGCCGCCAUCGCCUUCCUAAUCUCCCUGCCGCCCUCCCAGGAUCAGCAGAGGAACCGCUUCGCUUUGCUCAUGUCCGCCGCGUUCCUACAGGGGGCCUCCGUAGGACCGCUCGUCGACCUGGUCCUUCACUUCGAUCCGAGGAUCUUGGUGACGGCGUUCGUCGGAACCGCAAUUGCUUUUGGAUGCUUCUCGGGCGCCGCCAUCAUCGCCAAGCGCAGGGAGUACCUGUACCUCGGGGGCUUGCUCUCGUCUGCACUCUCCAUUCUUCUCUGGCUGCAGUUUGCUGCAUCCAUCUUUGGACACUCCAGCGCCACCUUCACGUUUGAGCUCUACUUUGGCCUCCUGGUUUUCCUGGGGUACAUGGUGUUUGACACCCAGGAGAUCAUCGAGAGGGCACACCAGGGGGACAUGGACUACAUCAAGCACGCGCUCACCCUCUUCACCGACUUUGUUGCCGUUCUUGUUCGAGUCCUUGUCAUCAUGCUGAAGAAUGCGCAGGAGAGAUCUGAAGAGGAGGAGAAGAAGAGGAAGAAGCGCUGAGCUAUCAACUCUCUCUACCACUAUGUACUCCUCUACUGCUACUCUGCUACUCUGUUUCGAUGUAUGUUGUAAGUAAGUGAAUGCUUGGUUGUUGAUUUGCUGUCGACGAUGAAAUUGCUUGCUGUAUCUUGAGUUGCAAAUGCUAGAGCAUCUGUUUUUGCAA